AUGACGUCGUACUCCGACGACGCCUACAGCAAGGUCACAACGCCCAACCCAGACGUCUCUUUCGACGACAUCAACAAGAGCGCAGCCCUCCGGAUCAAGCCCAACCGCAUCCUCUACACGAGCGUGCUGCUCGCACUCCUGCAGCCGUUCCAGAGCGGCUGGUCCACGUCGCAGCUCAACCUCUCGGACUACAACAACACGGACGAGUGCAACGCGCGGCCCGUCGUCCCAGGCACGUGCACGCUCUUCAGCGGCCACUCCAAGCUCGAGUGGACGUUCGCCGUCAACGCGUGGAUCUUCGGCGCCAUGGUCGGGAGUCUCUUGAGCGGCCACUUCAGUGACAUGCUCGGGCGCAAGAAACUGCUCUUUUUCAACUGCGUCUUCAUGAUUGGCAGCGCCGUCAUCCAGGCCUUUUCCUCGGGCAUUUGGCUCUUUGCCGUCGGUCGCUUCAUUGCCGGCAUCGCGUCGGGCGUGGCCACGGGCACCAUUGGCUCGUACGUGAACGAGCUGUCGCCGCCGCAUCUGCGCAGCCAUCUCGGCACGGGGCUGCAGAUCUCCACGACGAUCGGUAUCUUGGUCCCGGCCAUUUGCUUCUUCUUUGCCGACCGUGGCGACGGCUGGCGCUACAUGGCGGGCUUCCCUGUCGUGCUGGCCGGUAUCUACAUGCUCUUGUCGCCGUCUCUGGCCGUCGAGAGUCCGGCGUGGCUCCUCAUGAAAGGGCGUCGCGAAGAGGCUCGACAGGUCAUCACGCGUCUCUAUGGCGAGGAGCACGUGCAGACGGCGCUCAAUUGGCUCGAGCCCAAGAAACAGUCGAGCGUCGCCGAGGCGGGCGGCCACGUCGCCGAGCCCGUCGAGUCCGUGUGGUCGCCCAAGUACCGCAUGCAGUUCCUCGGCGCGCUCCUGUUGUCGUGCACGCAGCAGCUCUCGGGCAUCAACGCCGUGUUCUACUACUCGAGCAGCAUCUUCUCGGACGCGGGCAUUUCGGACUCGCGCGUGGGCACGCUCAUCAUCGACUUCAUCAACAUCUGGCCUGCUUUCUUCACGGGCAUGCUCACGGCUCGCUUCGGCAACCGCAGCAUGAUCCUCUGGGGCAUCAUUGGCAUGGUCGUCAUGUCCAUGGGCAUGACGGUGGCGUUCGUCGUGGACAUAUCGGCGCUUUCGAUCGUCUUUACGGCUCUGUACGUCAUUGUCUUUGGCGUCACGCUCGGUCCGUUGGUGUGGGUCAUGACCGCCGACAUCUUCCCGGACUCGGUGCGUGCCAGCGGUUCGUCCAUCUGCAUUGGCGCCAAUUGGCUGUGUAACCUCGUGGUGGGCAUCGGGUACCCGUACUUGGCGGACAGUCUCGGCGACUGGAGCUACGCGCCGUUCACGGUCGUGCUCGCUGUCUUCUACCUCCUGUCGCUCAAGCUCGUGCCGGAGACGGCAGGCAAGACGAACCAGGAGAUCCAGGCCGAGUAUGCCGAGCGUCGUCGCCGCUAG